CUGCCGCGUCGCCUUGUCCUCUUCGCCUGAGGCAAGCCAGCUAGUCUCGCGCUCUCUGCCUUGCAGCACCACGGGAUCUGGGUGACGCGGGCUGCGGAAGCCAGAGCCGUGCAGACCGCGUCUCCAUCUCCUCGCCUGUCGUCUGUCUCCCCCACUUCUCUUCGCUCUGCUCUCCGCCUGGUCAGGCUCGGCCCCAGAGCGAGUGGCAAGAUGGCGGCGCCCAGGAUGCCACCCUCCCGGCUGUCGGGCAUCAUGGUGCCCGCACCCAUCCAGGACCUGGAGGCCUUGCGCGCGCUCACGGCGCUCUUCAAGGAGCAGCGUAACCGGGAAACAGCACCCAGAACGAUCUUCCAGAGAGUCCUGGAUAUCUUAAAGAAGUCUACUCAUGCUGUUGAGCUGGCCUGCAGGGAUCCCUCCCAAGUGGAACAUCUGGCUUCCAGUCUGCAGCUAAUCACUGAAUGCUUCAGAUGUCUUCGGAAUGCUUGUAUAGAGUGUUCUGUGAAUCAGAAUUCCAUCAGGAACCUGGAUACGAUCGGAGUUGCUGUUGAUUUGGUUCUUCUCUUUCGUGAACUUCGGGUGGAACAAGACUCCUUGUUGACAGCUUUUCGAUGUGGCCUGCAGUUUUUAGGCAACGUUGCCUCACGAAAUGAAGAAUCCCAGUCCAUUGUUUGGGUCCACGCCUUCCCAGAACUCUUCAUGUCUUGCUUGAACCAUCCAGACAAAAAGAUUGUUGCCUACUGUUCCAUGAUUCUGUUCACAUCUCUUAAUGCUGAAAGGAUGAAAGACCUGGAAGAGAACCUCAAUAUUGCAAUUAACGUCAUAGAAGCUCACCAAAAGCACCCGGCGUCAGAGUGGCCGUUCUUGAUUAUUUCAGACCACUUUCUGAAAAGCCCGGAACUGGUGGAAGCUAUGUAUGGCAAACUCAGCAACCAGGAAAGGAUCACACUGUUAGACAUAGUGAUAGCCAAGCUAGUGGGUGAGGAGCAGCUGACAAAGGAUGACAUCUCUAUCUUUGUGCGCCAUGCCGAGUUGAUUGCAAACUCAUUUAUGGAUCAGUGCAGGAACGUGCUGAAGUUGACCUCAGAGCCUCACACCGAGGAUAAGGAAGCCCUGGUUACGAUUCGGCUCCUGGAUGUCUUGUGUGAAAUGACGUCCAACACUGAGCUUCUCGGCUACCUGCAGGUUUUCCCUGGCCUGAUGGAACGCGUGAUUGAUGUUUUACGAGUGAUUCAUGAAGUUGGAAAAGAAAGCACGAACAUCUUCAGUCCCUCAGACUCUCUAAAAGCAGAGGGUGACAUCGAACACAUGACUGAAGGCUUUAAGUCUCAUCUCAUCCGUCUGAUUGGAAAUCUGUGCUACAAGAAUAAAGAAAACCAAGACAAAGUGAAUGAGCUGGAUGGCAUUCCUCUGAUCCUGGACAGCAGCAACAUCGAUGACAACAACCCCUUUAUGAUGCAGUGGGUGGUGUAUGCUGUGCGAAAUCUCACUGAAGACAACAGCCAAAACCAAGAUGUCAUUGCCAAGAUGGAGGAGCAGGGCUUGGCAGACGCAUCCCUACUGAAGAAAAUGGGCUUUGAAAUUGAAAAGAGUGGGGAUAAACUGAUUCUGAAGUCUAAUAAUGACAUCCCCCCGCCUUGAAUGCCAUCUUCAUAUGAACACAUUCAGAUUCCAUCUCACGGACCUCUCAUCUCUGCAGUGUAUGAAAUCACAAGUAUUGGACAUGUAGGGUACAGAUGAGGGAGCCUCCUAAUCCUUUAGAGUAAAUGAGUGUAAGCUACAAGUGGACGUUUUCUUUAUUUCUUUGCAGUAAGUGUUACUGUCUGCCUCACCUUUGUCCCUCUGGGUAGAACUCGCUUUCCCGUCAUAUACAUUGUGCUUACUGUUGUAGUAAUAAACGUCUCUGUGGGCACAGCCCUCACUCGGCAAAGACUGGGACCCUUGAUUGGAUUCUGCACGCCCUUUCAGAUGGCAAGUGUGCUUCAUCCCUUUGAUUCUCUGCUUCUCAUUGGAUUUCUGAACUCUGGCGGGCACUUGAAGUAAGUUUCUCACUGUGAUUAAUUCUACCAAUCUCUUUUCUCCCCUUCUGCCUUUCCAAAACAUUGACAUGACUCAUUUCCAGUUAAUUAAUUUGAGAACCCACCCUCUUCAUUCCAUGCACUGCGUUGUCACAGAGCCCUGUCUUAGAAAGGCCGUGAGAAUGGGUGAGAGACCAUGUGGCCACUUAACUGUUUGCAUCCCAGGUGGACUUAGAGUUAAGAAUUCCUUAAAAGUGAUGCUGACAUCUUGCCCAUAUCCAUGCUGCCUGACACAGAAAGGAAUAUUGUACUUUUUUUGAUGUGCAGUGCCUCUAGUGUGCUGUGCCUCAUGUGAACGGGGCGUCCAUAGCCUCUUCUGCUUAAAAGUGUGGCUGUCACAGAGACAAGCUAAUCUGGAGGAGCGAGGAUAUAUUGGUAUCGAGCUUUAGUUCUAUUUUUGUAGCAGGUAAAACUGGAUUAUAGAAGGCACUGGACUCUGUAGCUACCUGAAUCACUAAUAAAAUCACCUUGAUCUGA